UCUCGAGGGGACAACAAACAUUUUGGCAAACUUUUCCUCAAAGAAAAUGUAGUCCGAUUUAGUUAACACAUCUUGGUCCCUUCGAAGGGAAGAAUUAAGAUGGUGUAAUUUUGGCUGUGAAUCGAGUUGAGAAGUACCAACAGUAGUUAAAGAUGCUCAAGAAUGUCUGGCCCACUUUGGACUAGAGAGACUAAGCAAAAAAUCAAUUACACCAAACUGUGCAGACUUCUGUAUCAUGGUGGAUCAAAAGCUGUGAGGUCAGAGUUUGAUAAGAGAUGUCCGUCAUUGGUAACAGUCCUUACCAAGGAGCAUCCAAAUUUACUGAAACUCAAGAAACCAAAAGGAAGAGUAUUGAACAAUGACCAGUGGAGCAAGUUAUAUCCAGCAGCCCUUGCUGACUCCAGUAAUUUUGACAUUACUCUACUAUUUGUUCUUUUGAGGAAUAUUUGUGGGCUUGUGAAACCAGCUACAGGUUGGGAUGUCUUGCCACCAUCAACAGAUAACAGUCUUGAAGCUAACCUUGUCAGAAUUAAGUAUUACAGAAAUCAAGUUGUUGCUCAUAACUCAAGUGCUGAGGUGGAUGAUGUAGACUUUGAGAAGUACUGGAAAGAGAUUUCAGCAGCUCUCGUUUCAUUAGGAUUGCAGCAGUAUGACAUCGAUGCUCUUAAGUCAACUCCUUUGGGAGUUGAUAACUACAACCAGUUACUUGACGAAUGGUAUCAGGCAGAUGAGAAUGUUAAAUCACAGCUGAAAAGAAUUUAUAAAGAUACAUCUGAAAGCAGAUUGGAUGUAAAAAAGGUCAAACAGGAGAUAUCUGAGACAAAGACGAUUGUUGCUGAGAUUAAACAGAGAAUACCACACUGUUUACAACCAGAGGACCAGGAAAUUGAUAAACUUGCUCAACGUGAUUUCAGCACCAGAGUAACUAAGCUUUGUCAGUCUUACCACCCAAGCACUAGAAAAUGGAUUUUUGAUGACGUACACAAACACACACGUGAAAGCAUUGUAUUACAAGCUGGACCUGGUAUGGGAAAAUCAGUGGUGGCUGCUAAAUUAUGCCAGUUUUACAAAGAAAAAGGAAAUCUUGGUGCUUGCCAUUUUUUUCAACAUGACAAUUCUUUGCAUAAUGAUCCAAGAUUAAUGUUGCAGUCUGUUGCAAGACAACUGUGUGAUUCUCUUCCAGACUAUAAGGCUGCCGUGGAGAAGCAGCUGAAGACAGACUUUGGAAAAGAAAUCUCCAAACUUAACUGCAAAGAACUGUUCACCUUGUUAUUUGAGGAACCCUGUUCUACACUUAGAUCUCAACGUCAUGUAGUGAUCAUUAUAGAUGCCCUAGAUGAGUGCUGCAAUAGUUUAAAAACACAAUUUUUUGAAGUUCUAAAUGAUCUACCUCAUCUACCAUCCUUCUUCCAAUUUAUUUUGACAACAAGACCACCACCCAGUUUUUCAGCUAUCCACAUUGGCCACACACUUGAGAUUAAGCCAGACAUUCAUGAAAAUAAAUGCGACCUUCGCAUAUAUUUUUCUGAAAAAUUGAGAGAACUUGGUUACCGUUUCUCAGGUCAUCACAGUAGGCAAAUCAAUCAUCUUGUUGAUGUUACAAAUGGGCUGUUUUUGGUGGCUUCUUUUGUCAUUGAUUUCUUGAGAGACAGAAACUGUUCCUCAUUAACAGAAGCAAUAGAUCAUUUUCCAAAAGGAAAGGGUAUCACAUCAGUGUAUGAAAACUACUUCUCAAGACUUAGGAAAGCAAUGAUACCUCACAUAAAAAGUGAAAAAGGCUUCUUUGAGAUGCUGGAUGCUGUGGUGGAAGCUAAAUAUCCAAUCCAGAAGAACAUUUUUUAUGACAUAGUUGGUCUUGUUGAUGAGCCCAGGGUUCCAAACAGAGAGAGAAAAGAAGCCAUCCACCUUCUGCACCAGCUGUUUCCUGUUGAGAAUGAUCAUGUGUCAGCAUUUCACAAGACUGUCAUUGAUUGGUUGACCACUGGAGAUCAUGACUUUAGAGUGAAAGGUGAUGGCAGUGGAGUGCUUGCCAAUGCAUGUUAUGAGAUCCUAAACAGCAUAAAAGAAGGGUCAAAAGAUUUAGAGCAGCCCCUUUGUUUUACUGAAAGAGAAGAGCAUGCUUUGAGAUUUGGAAAAUUGUACAUGGAUAGUCCAACUUUUAGUGAAUAUAAACGAACUGCUACUAAAACAAGCUGUUUGUUGCUUUGUUUUAUUAUCCUCAGAGAUCAGUUUUUUAAGCAAGACUCGACUCAGAGCCAUUUAAUUUCCUGGAUGGGUUAUAAAGCAUUUAAUAAAGGUGAUUGGAUAAUGCGUGUCCAAAAGUACAUUGUUACAUAUACCAAGAGAUACCACUUUCAAAAAUGUCAAUUCUAUAAUCCAAUUAAUCUUUCUCGUCUCCUGGAGACAGUUCUACAAAGUCUCCAUCUUAAUCACAUUACGAGAAGGAUGCAGCUUAAUCAAAAGCCAAUUGAUCUCCUUAAGGAAUAUGGCUUUCCUUACCAAGAAAGACAACAAUCUGUAAUGGAGUUGCAUAUGACUGAUACAAAGCAAUUUGAUGUGCAAAACAUUCUCCCCUGUGAGAAUGGAUUUUUAUUUUUUGACUACAAUAGUGCAAAGAAAGAAACUCUGGUUCAAAAAUAUAAAGUGGAUGGAAAAUUGUUGAUUGAAGAGACAUUAAGUGGGCACAAGAAAUUAUGCAUGUCUCCUGACAAUCAAUAUAUUUUUGCAUUUCCAGUGCUAGCAAAAGGAUACAUUGAGAUUAUGGAUGCUGCUAGAUUCCAAUUACAAACCAGUUACCAGGCACCUAAUGUUAUCAGGUCAUGUCAUGUAUAUGGUAGUCAGCCCUGGUACAUCGUUAUGAGAUGCCACAACAACAAGAUCUAUGUUAUGGACGGAGAAACUGGAAAGGAAGCUCACCAGCCAGUUGACAUUGAUCAUUAUGAUGAAGUUGAAGCUGUUAGCAGUCAGGGUCACAUUGUUAUAGGGAGAGCUUGUCUUCUUUUCCCUAUGCGUGAUUCUACACAAAAAAUAAUCACAAGUGACAAAGGAACUGUCUUUGAAGAAAUGAUCUGGGGGAAAGGGGAUAAUCAUAAUACUCCCAUACAGUGUCGAAAACUUUUCUUGUGCCACUUUGAUGAGAGUAGUGAAUUUAUAAAGAUGCCAAUUUAUCCAAGACAACGAGUGCCACAAUGCAAUUGCUUAUUUUUGAAACAUAGUGAAUGGAGGAAAAGUACACUACCACCAGAAGAAGUACAAAAACAACUAGAACCACAACACUUACAGUAUGAAGCAAUAAAAUUUUCUAGUGAUGGACAACUUUUGGCAUUUGUGUACAAAAAUUUCAUCACAGUCCUUCACACUAAUGACUACUCAGAACUUGCAAGUUUUCAGCAUUAUCUGAACGGUCGCAACCCUGGUCAUGGCAUCUGUGAAAUACUCUUCUUGACAAAGGACUUCAUAGUAAUAAAUGAUUUAGACAGCAUCUAUUGCAUUCGCUUGGAGACAAAAGAUGUAGAACAUAUGUUUACAAUAUACCACAACAACAACAAUCGUACACCAUUGCAACUCUACAUUGUACCAGGUUUUGUUGAAAGAAAGAAAGUUUUCCUUUCUAUUACCAAAGGUUUAACAGAUAAAAAGAAACCUCAAAGUCUACGAUUAUUUCUACCUGUUGGUCAUGAGCGCCAAACAGAUAGAAAAGACGAAAGAAUUCAUUAUAUUUACAAACAUUCUAUCUAUGAUUUACAGUUGGAAAAUGAAUGAAUGCCUUGACUGAAGUUACAAACGCAAGAAAAUUUAAAUGAGUCUUGAAAUUUUUUCAUAUCCUAGCUUUAAACCAAUCAUCACAGGAAUCAAGAUCUAGAAAUGUUGAACAAAUAUUCUCCUUUAACAAAGGAGCUUACCAGUGGUUUCAUAUUUCAUGAAGUGGCUUCCUUCAUUAAGUAUUAUUUAAUACUUUGUAAAUAUAAUUGAUUAAUUGAUAAAUAAGUUGUAGUGUAGUCACAUUGAUGACCUUUACAAAUUUUUUGAUUUGAUGUUUCAUAUAUAACUUACAAUGUAAUAUACCAUAUAAUGGACACAAUAACACAACAUGUUAAAGAAUUUAUUAAAAGUAUUUUAUUCAAA